AUGGCACAAAUAACUUAAAGUAAUAAUAAUAUAUAUGAAUGUAGUAAUCAGAAAGAUGGAUAUCUUUGGAUAACCAAUUAACCUAAAUCUUGAUUUAAAUACAAAAUAUAAAAGUUCUUUUGGAGGAUUAAUAUCUAUAUUCAUUAUACUCUUACUCAUUAUUUAUAGUGUUAAUGAAAUAAUUGGGUACACUAUCCAAAGAGGUAUAUAGAUUACAUAAGAAGUAUAAUAAAAAAUUAUAGUGAUAGACUAAAUUCAGCUAUGAUCCUGAUCUAUUAGAACUCAAUCAAACAAAUUUCAUUUUUGCAAUUAGAGUCAAUCAAUAAGACUUUUACAAUUCUCCUUCCUUUGAUAUAACAAUUAAUCAAAGAUCAUAAAAGAAUAACUCAAGACUUCAAUUAUAAUAAUGCACUUUGGAACAAUUCACAAGUCUUAUUAACUCAGAUAAGAUAUUAAAAUUUCUUCAAUCUAACUAAAUGGAGAUGUGGUUGUGUCCUACUUCUUAGUUCUACAUUCAAUUAGAAGGGACUUAGUAUUGUAGAUAGUUUAUAGAUAAUUAUAGCUUUAUCUUUUAAGAAUUUAAUGAUUGAUGUUGGAAAAUGUGAAGAAUUGAGUAGUUGGGGUAAAAUAUGUAAAGAGUUAGAGGAAAAUGAAUCAUAUCAAUUAUAAUUUAUCACAAAGAAUACAGUAUGUUAAAUUAUUAAUGAAUUUAGUUUAUAAAUCCAUUCAAUAAUGAAUUUGUUGCUGAAGAUUAUUUGGAUAAUUCAAUGAGUUUACAAUUAAAUCCAGGAGAUCUGCAGAGAAUUGAUUACCAUUUUGAUAAGCAUAUUACAAAGGAUUUCCAAGGACAGCUAAAGAUAGAGUAGUGUUGCCAAAUCAUAUUAGAGGAUUACUUGAUGAAGAGAAUUUGA